AUGGUUUCUCGUGUCAAGAUUACUGCUAUAGAGACCAUAGAAUGCAUCAUUCCUCAUGAUGAAGGAUACGGAUACAAAGAGGAAGUCCGAGAAGUAACUCUUCAGGACAAAAAAUUCGAGACCAGAAUCAUGAAGUUUGACAUGAACGGAGAUCACGACGAUAGAUACUUCAAGUUGCAUGUGAAUCACUUCAAUUGCACACUUCCAAAUUUGGGUGUGACGUUUUUCUCCAAAAAUUGCAGCAGAACUUAUGCCCUCAGGUUCAGUGUAACGCUUACUUGUCUUGAGAAAAGAUGCACCUCCACUUUCAAUGUCACAUUGAAUGUAGCAGCGGUAUCGAAGGAGUCUGCAAAGCUGAAUGCGGUGGAAAAUGGUCUUUUUAAGAAAAGGGACUAUCCUUAUAUCCAGAGGUUUCCAAAAACGGAGACGGUAGCUCAGGACAUUGACGAAUGGGUACGAAAGAAAGCCCUAGCCAUUGGAAACCUCACACUCAACUCCCACAUAUGUGCCAUUCCAGGAGACAGGGUGAUUUUUGGAAUCAUCACCAUUUCUCAAUUUUGUCACGAUAUCCAAACCGAUGGCACCUCCAGUCUCAUAGUGGAAGAGGACGAGGACGAUGCUGUCGAUCCGCCUGUUGAUUACACCGACGCUAUUGUGUACUGCAAAAGCGGUUUCUGUUUCCGCUCCAAAGAUAUGGAAGUGCAACUCAACAAAUCGUGUUAUUUUAGUCCUGCCGUGGUGAAUUAUUUGGAACAAUAUCGACCCGAUGGAGACAGGUUCCGACUCGGAUGGAGGUCCACUUUGUUUGUAGGUGAGUCGUUAGGGAACGCAACAUCCUGGCUUUCUCUGAAUAAGAAGGAAAGAUCGGUUUAUGUCAAGAAGAUCAACAUAUCGUUUGUUGAAAUAACACAGCGAAAUGAAGGUGAAAGCCACUCUUACAAGGUGAAUACCUUGACGGUGGUAGACAAGAAGUACGGGAGAUUUCAAGGCGUGCCACUCAAUAUAAAAAACGGGCGUGCCGACUUUCCAAAGGAGUUGCUCGAUGGCGUAUGUCCUGAAUUGAAUCCCACUGUUGUGACGAAUCUGUUCUCUAGAGAGAACUUUCUUGAGGUCCGACUUGAAAUCAAGACAUCCUUUGCCACCACAGAACACGUCGGCCUCAAUGUAAGAUGUUAUAAUAAUGGGGACUACGAAGCUUUGGUUGCGAGCUCCUCCCUUCCACCUUACCAGGACAAGGGCGAGAAGCAGUUGGACGAGAAGCAGACCGAGAAAGAAGGGACCAAGAAGGAAGGACCGAGUAGUGUUUGA